AGCCUUGAUUCUAGCUAUACUUUCAUCGUUAGCCCAUCUCAUGACUACAGUAUGAACAGAGGCUCUUUGAAUUACAGUUGCCGUUUAUCAAAGUCUGCAGUGGACUUGACUCACAAGACGCGCCCAUUGAUUACUAGUGGGCCAAUUGAGCAAGGAGUAUGGGGGAUUAGGGGCAGCAACUUCAAGACGAGCUUCACCUCAACCUCGCCGACUCUCAGAAGGAAAUUGAAAGCCUCUGACAUAGGGCAGACCUUCUCGUUGCCUUCCUACAGAGGUCACAAUAUUUUACACCAGCCACAGAAACAGGCCACAGCUGCUGGAUCAAAACAACCUCCUGUGGCUAGGUCUUUAUCCCUGUCUGUUAUAGAUGGUUCCUGUACAACAGAACUGGAGGCAAAAAAGUGGGGCAGAGGACAAAGAAGACAGCAAGCACUGGUGGAGUUAGAGGAGGAGUGUGACUUGUCUUCCACAGAAUUUAACCCCAAAGGUGUCCAUCUCAUUGGACAAUUUGGAAAGCAAGGUUCAGGUCGAGCUGAUCUUACCCUGCCAAGUGGUAUUUAUGCUACACCGCAGGGUCAGCUCUUUAUAGUGGACUGUGGAAAUGCACGCAUUCAGGUGACUGAUGCUCGUGGAAAUGUCCUCCAACAAGUGAGCUCUCCAACUGCUGGUGGCUCUGACAGACGGUGUAGGAACUACUUUGACAUUGCGGUCAAUGCUAAGGGUCUGAUUGCAAUAAGCUGUGCAGCAGAAAGAGCUCUUCUUGUGUUCAGCAGGCACGGCCGACUGCUCCAGACCUUUGGAGGGUCUGGGUUCGGCUCUGCAAAAGAUGAACUGGAAGCUCCCAGGGGUGUGACUGUAACCAGGCUGGAUGAAUUCCUGGUAGCUGAUAUCCGAAAAGGUACCCUCAUUGCCCUAAAGCUUGACCCCAAGACAGGCUCCCGUCUUGAACGCACAGUGGUAACUGGAUUCCACCGACCGUACUUAGUGGCAGCUUGCUUGAGCUCAGGCAUGGUGGCUGUAUCCGAGAGGGGCAAUGAAACUGGUCGUGUACCUUGCGUCAAAGUUCUGGAGCCAAGCUGGAACACAGUUAGAGUUUUGGGUGUAUGUGCAGGAAUGGGACCUGUCCUGACCUGUCCCUGGGGUAUCUGUAUAGAUACAGAUGGUAAUGUUUUGGUAGCAGAUUGGGGGGAGCAGCACAGAAUCCUUUUAUACCCAGCACAGGGAGUGGGUUGGCCCAUAAUAAACCAGGGUUUGAGUAGUCCACGUGGCCUAUCCUUGCUACCUGAUGGCCAACUUGCAGUGUCAGAUAGCAUGCAUCAUUGCAUUAAGAUAUACCAGUACAAAGCACCCCAGGACUAGAAAAAGUGUGCUGAUAUUAAGAAAAAGAACCCUAAAGUACAGCACUGUAAGCUGAUAAAUGAUGCAUUCGUGUUUGGCCCAGCUGCACCUAUAAAAAUCAAAUGUCUGCCUGGAUUUGUAGGCCAAAGGCUGCAUCCAUAAUAAAAGCAAAGACUAUGAAGCUAAGCUACAAAGAGAAAGGAAAGAAAAGCUAUCUGGUGUUGCACUAGGCAGUGAGUGUUCCUUGUGUCAUUUUUAGUUUGUUGUUGUUUAGCUGCUUUGAAGUGUUCAGGGUCAAGUAGAAUUGCUGUUUGUUUGCUGUCUGUUGUUUGUAGAUUAGAGUUCAGUCACAGUCUGCACAAUGUCUGUGUUGAUCUGUGUGCUGCUCAGUUUUCUACCAAAGCUGCUAACCCGCAGGCAUGAGCACAGGCUAGUAUUUACUCAUGCAUAAAUUUAAUAAAGCUAUCUAAUC